UUGGGGCAAUGACGCAGUUUAUGAGGUUUUACCGAGACGCGUCAAUUGCUGGUUGAAAACUAUUUCCAAACCCCCUCGUCGUGUCUCCCUCGGGAGGCCGUCGAGAAUUUCUGGAAGGCCCGCCCUAGGCUCGGGCCUACAAAUCUUAAAACCAAGAAGGAAUUAAAAUUUUUUUUUUUAUGAACAUAUUAAAUAUUUUAGUACUUGUCUCAGGUGAUUACACUUUAUUUGAUGCUAGUUAUUUUUCUAUCAAUUAUUUAUUGUCUGAAGAUCAGAGUGGCGCAGCGGAAGCGUGGUGGGCCCAUAACCCACAGGUCGGAGGAUCGAAACUUCCCUCUGAUAUCUUAGCAUUUUAAUUAUCUUUAAAGGAAGUUACCUUUAAGUGUUUGUUAAAGCUUUUGAUGUGAGUCAAAGUGAAAAAUUUUCAACAUUCGUUCUUAUCUUUCAGUGAUGAUGGAAAAGAUGCAAAGAAAGAGAUGCUGUCCAAGUAUAAACGCGCUCGUUCUAUGCUGGAACAUUCAUUAAACUGGGGAGAAAAUGCAGGUCCUUGUUUCCCUCCGCUCCAUGCUUUCUCGUCACUCUCCUCGUCUUGCUUGCAGACUGUGGAGCUCAAAGUCGCAAUGGACUGCGAGAGGUGCGAGAACAAAGUCCGCAAAACGCUCGCCAACACCCUGGGGGUCGAGUCCGUCGACAUCGAUUUCCAGCAGCAGCGGGUCACGGUGAUGGGCUACCUUCUCGACGCCAAAAAGUUGAUGAAGAAAGUGAGGAGCAAGACCGGCAUGCACGCCGAAGUUUGGAACCACCAGUACAGCAACGUCCAGCACGUCUAUGGUCACAUGGACACCUCGCUCACCAAUCUCUUCAGCUCCGCCAGUGACUACAACACAAACAAUUACUACGACCGGAGCCACCGGAUGCAUCAUGGAAGCACUUACAGGGUCAGCGACAAGCCGGCUUACGACCACGAGUAUGGCAACCAGAAGCAAUACAUGCCGCCAGUGGAUGACAGUGUCACCACCAUGUUCACGGACGAGAAUCCAAACGCUUGCUCCAUCAUGUAGCGCUGCGAGCCGAGGAGCUGUGAAAAAAACAUCAGUCACAGAAGAGAGAAAAUAUUCGGAUGAUGCAUUGUGCGUGUACUCACCUCUUGAAGUUGCUCGCGUAAUCGCAUCAAAGGUUGCCUUUCAGCUGCAAGCGCACCAAGAAAAAUCAUAAUAGCCUUCUCAAUAAUGUAAUGCUGUAAAGGAAAAGCU